AUGGAGCCCUUUCGCGUCCGCCUAAACUGCAUCGAUCACUACCAGGCGACCGCGUCAGAACUGGAUCCCCCGUUACCAUUUCGGGAUGGAGUUUCAGAGAAGGAUUACAGGGCUCGAGUGCCUGUGAUCCGAGUGUUUGGAGCGACCGAAACUGGACAACGAAUAUGCGUCCAUGUACAUGGUGCAUUCCCGUAUCUGUACAUCGAAUACAAUGGAUCGUUGUCGCCCGAAGCUGUGAGCUCGGCGAUCCGUACUCUUCACCUUUCAAUCGAUCACGCCCUGGCAGUGAGCUAUCGCCGCAAUGCCUAUGAUAGGAAGACCGCAUAUGUCGCGCACAUUACUCUUGUCAAAGGGAUUCCAUUUUAUGGAUAUCAUGUCGGCUAUCGGACUUUCUUCAAGAUCUAUUUGCUCAAUCCAUUCUAUAUCACUCGCCUAGCGGACCUGCUACAUCAGGGAGCAGUGAUGAAACGACCACUCCAGCCGUACGAGAGCCACCUACACAAAGUCAAGUUUCGAGCACCGGUACCCGAGUACUUGGAACUCAGCAAUCUGAACCAUCGCUGGCAUGACCGCUCCAUCAGCCCAGAAAGCAUCCUUGAUGACCCUGCUCUACAGAAACAGAGCCACUGCCCUUUGGAAGUAGACGUUUGCGUGCAAGACAUACUCAACCGAUUUGACAUCAAAGAACGUCCCUUGCAUCACGACUUCACAGAGUUCUUGAGGCCGGCUGCGGUCAACGAGCGCCUUGUCCCCAGCGUGGCUGGGCUUUGGCAAGAUGAGACGAGGAGACGCAAGAAACGACUGGGACUCACAGAUCCAGACAGUACCCCAUUUGGCCCCGAGGAUUUGGUCUCCAUGUCUGCCGACCCACGCAAUCAAGCUAAGGGAGGCUGGGUCCACGAAGAGGAAUUUCGCGAAUUGGCACAUCAAAUCGCCGCGGAUGAAGAGUCUGAACAUAAUGGGAGAGGUACAUCCUUUGAAACAUUUCUGGGUUCUGACACCGAGAAGACGAAUAUCAAAACAGCUUUGACUAGCGUUCAAGAUUUCUAUCCGGACAGAUUGAAUGACUCGACUUUGGACAAUCACAAUCGUGCCUCGCAGGCUUUUGACGAAACAAAGCCUGAGAUAUCUGUUGAUGAAGACCUGGUUUUGUCCUCCCAGGCCGACCAAAACUAUGCUUCUGAACCAGAAUUCGACCGGUCAAGGACGGAUGAGGACGGAGAGGAGGAGCUUCAGGAUCAGCCGAAUCUUCACGAGAAUCCAGCCCUUGAAGAAAGCUUCUAUGAUGGCAUUUUCGAUGAUAUCCCCGAACCCAAUGAAGCCCAAUCAGGACCUGCGCACGAGUCCAACGUCUUCGGCUUGCAUUCGACUGACAGCUUCCUCACGGCGCCCCCUGCUUUUGAAUUGGGCCUCAAAGCCGAUAUACAAGCCCAGCGCGAGCUUAAUGAGAGAUCAAAGAAUUCGAAACGACCACAUACCGAACCCACCUGUGAUGAAGUGCCAUUAGUCAAGAAGCCGAGGUUCUGGAGCCUCACAGACGAGGAAGGUGCGCAGGAAAAUUGCACCGAAGAAGCCCAUUAUGUAGAAACCACAAAGAGGGCAAAUCGCUCUAGCCAGCAUUUCGAAAUAUCGCAGUCAUCGGAGUCUCGCUCGUCCUCAUCCCAGAAGACAAUUCGUCCAUCCAAGACGACGGCGCAAGUACACAAUAAAAGACUAAAUUUCCCCGUCGUCAAGGACCCGAAUGACCCUAUGACCAUCCUACGUUUCAGCCAAGAUGAUGGAAAUCCAUCAUCGAAGAAAGAUCGAGGAGCUCAGACUUUGCCGGGCUCGUUUCCGUCCGGAUCAGCCACGAGCGCUCCGUCAGGCGAUGCUAGUGGAUCGUCUUCGCUCCUCCGCUCAUCUUCCACAGUGCCAAAAUCCUCCCUUGCACUCGAUCCGCACAUUGCCCGUCUCAAGUCAACAAUUCAUGAUUCGUUUGACUUUCAGAAAGACGCGACUUUGGGUCUUUUCAAAUUCGCUAGUCCCAGCACCAGGGAAGUAAUAUCAACCAUGAAUGACUUUGGCCGGCCUUCUGUCGUCUAUCAAAAAGCGUUUUACAGCGACGAUGUUGAUGUUCCCGAAAGACCUCGGCUGUACGCUGGCCGGGAGUUUCGAUUGGAAAGCGAUACCAUACACUUUCUUCCUGACUUCGAUCCCUCGGGGAAUAUACCCGGAAUUUUUGGCGAGCAUCAACCCUCAACUCUCAUUGAUAGAGAGAAACAAGAGAGGAUUGAUCAGCAAAUGCGCGAAUCGUGUACUGCCAGGGUAUGGGAGUUUGCACCAGCGCCCCCCAGUCGGUCUGAAGUGGUCGACUGGUUCGAGCACAUCGAGGCAUCGUCACACAAACCUAGUAUUAAUACAACCACACCAGUUAAACACAAACCCCGCAGCGUUAAGAAUGUGGAAGCUCUAUCACAGAUUGAAGGCCCGACACAACAGAACCCUUACGGCUUCAAGUACUCUCAAAAAGCGAAGAGCACUAGCGUGGAACAUCAAACCCAGUACAUGAGCACGAUGAGUUUGGAAGUCCAUGUAAACACGCGUGGAUCGCUUUUGGCUCAUCCGGAUGAGGAUGAGAUAUCGUGCCUCUUCUGGUGUCUGCAAUCCGACGACGAGGACAUCGAGGUCAACGGUUAUCUGCCAAACGUGCAUGUUGGCAUGGUCUACCAAGGUGAGGGGGAUAGACCAGAAGCCAAGAUCUCAAAAGCGCUCAGGAUAGAGGUUGAGCAUGAACCAACUGAACUUGACCUGAUCAACCGAUUGAUUGACAUCGUUCGCUACCACGACCCGGACAUAAUCACGGGUUAUGAAGUCCAUAAUGGCUCAUGGGGAUACGUGAUCGAGCGAGCGCGGAAGAAGUAUGAUUUUGAUUUAUGCGCGGAGUUGUCCAGAGUCAAGUCGCAAGCGAAAUCGAAAUUUGGCAAAGAGGAUGACCGUUGGGGGUUUGAGCAUGCCUCAUCCAUUCAAAUGACAGGCCGGCACAUGAUUAAUAUCUGGCGUGCAAUGAGAGGCGAGUUGAAUCUCUUGCAGUAUACCAUGGAAAAUGUUGUUUUUCAUCUCCUGCAGCGCCGAAUCCCGCACUACUCGGCCAAAGACCUUACGCAAUGGCAUCAAAGUGGGAAGCCUCGCAAUAUGUUGAAGGUUGUGGAGUAUUUCACAUCGCGAGUGCAAAUGAAUCUGGAAAUCAUCGAGGCCAAUGAGUUGAUUCCUCGAACCAGCGAGCAAGCGAGAUUGUUGGGAAUCGACUUUUACUCUGUCAUUGCUCGCGGAUCCCAAUUCAAGGUUGAGUCUUUGAUGUUCAGAAUUGCCAAGCCAGAGAACUUCUUGCUUGUCUCCCCAAGUAGGAAACAAGUCGGACAGCAAAAUGCCCUGGAAUGCUUGCCUCUGGUCAUGGAGCCGCAGAGCGACUUCUAUACAAGUCCUCUUCUGGUUCUUGACUUCCAGUCUCUCUACCCAAGCGUGAUGAUUGCUUACAACUACUGUUACUCGACCUUUCUUGGCCGUGCUGUCCAGUGGCGUGGCAGAGAUAAAAUGGGGUUCAUGGACUACAAGCGGGUACCGCGACUCUUGGAGCUUCUGAAGGACAAAAUCAACAUUGCACCUAAUGGCAUGAUGUAUGCAAAUCAAGAGGUCCGCCAGUCACUGCUUGCCAAGAUGCUUACGGAAAUUCUUGAAACUCGAGUCAUGGUCAAGACAGGAAUGAAGGCCGACAAAGAUGACAGGAUUUUACAACGGCUGCUCAAUAAUCGACAGUUGGCCCUCAAGUUAAUUGCCAACGUGACAUACGGAUACACCUCUGCCUCAUUUUCUGGUCGGAUGCCCUGCUCCGAGAUCGCAGACAGCAUCGUUCAAUCUGGGCGGGAGACCUUGGAAAAAGCCAUUGCCUUUAUUCAUUCUGUCGACAGAUGGGGGGCCGAGGUUGUCUAUGGAGACACCGACAGUCUGUUUGUCUAUCUCAAGGGUCGCUCCCGAGACCAGGCCUUUGACAUCGGCGAAGAAAUCGCACAAGCAGUGACAGACAUGAAUCCCCGCCCCAUCAAACUCAAAUUCGAGAAAGUCUACCACCCCUGCGUCCUCUUAGCUAAGAAGCGUUAUGUCGGAUUCAAAUACGAGCAUCGCAAACAAACCGAGCCCGAGUUCGACGCCAAAGGUAUUGAAACGGUGCGACGUGAUGGAACCCCCGCAGAGCAGAAAAUCGAAGAAAAGGCUCUAAAGCUUCUCUUCCGGACUGCAGACAUUAGUCAAGUGAAAUCUUACUUCCAAAGACAAUGCAGCAAGAUUAUGCAGGGCCGUGUCUCGAUUCAAGAUUUCUGUUUUGCUCGGGAGGUUCGUUUGGGUACCUACAGUGAACGUGGCACCCUCCCCGCUGGGGCGAUGAUCAGUACCAAGCGCCUGCUGGAGGACCCUCGGUCGGAGCCGCAGUACGGCGAACGUGUCCCAUAUGUCGUCAUUACUGGAGCACCUGGAUCGAGACUCAUCGACCGAUGCGUGGCACCGGAGACACUUCUCCACGACGCACAACUUGACCUUGAUGCCGAAUACUACAUCACCAAGAACCUCAUCCCGCCCCUCGAGCGGAUUUUCAAUCUUGUUGGGGCAAACGUGCGGCAAUGGUAUGACGAAAUGCCCAAGGUGCAACGAAUUCGCCGAGUCGACGCAUCAACUUCAGCCCUGUCUCGUUCGAACCGGGAGUUUGGUAUUUCAAAGAAGACUCUGGAGUCUUAUAUGCGAUCCUCGUCUUGCAUCAUCUGUCGAGCCAAGUUAUCCGAUGCUGCUGUACCUCUACAGCGGGCUGAGAAGCGCGUUCUCGACCUGGAGGCUGUGUGUCGUUCAUGCAUGGCCGUUCCGCCAGGCGACAGCGUUGUGUGCGAUAGCAUGGAUUGUCCUGUCUUCUACUCCAGGACUAGAGGCGCAGCUGGUUUGCAACAUACAAAGGCUGUGUUAGAUCCUGUUGUAGAACUGCUAGAGAAGAAAGGGGAUGAAGGCCUGGAUUGGUAA